UAUUCUUGCCUUGUUAUUUUGCAUCUGUAAAAAUUAAAUCUGAACCUAAAAAUGAAGGUGCUUCUAAAGAAGAUACAAAUAAUGUUUCGAGACUCUAUUUAGCUGAAUUAUCAUCAGCAGAAUAUACUUCACGAUUCGCAAAAUUAAAAUCACUAUCUCAUUCCGAUGAUAUAAAAAUUUGA